AUGAAGAGCCAAAGAAAUGCACUAUUGAGCAACCAGAAAAAAGCUGCUGCUCCACUUGCUGCAGCAGCUGCUGCAGCAGCAGCAGCUGCUGCUGCAGCAUCAGCUGCUGCAGCAGCUGCUGCAGCAGCAGCUGCUGCAGCUGCUGCUUCUGCAGCGGGCAGCAAGUCUGCUCUGCUGCUGCUCCCGCUGCAUCCCCAGCCCGCGCUGCAGCAUCAGCAAGACCAGCAGCAGCAGCAGCAGCAGCAGCAGCAGCAGCAGCAGCAGCAGCAGGGCCUAGGGCCCCUGCAUCUGCUGGUACUUGGGCCAAAUGAACUGCUGCAGCUCAUCAGCAUAUUUGUAGUAAAUGGUGUUGCUGCUGUUGUAAAGACGACAAUUAGAAAACAUCAGCAGCAGGUCCCCCCCAAACUCCUCUUUGCUGCGGUACAGGCCCUGCAGCAGCAGCAGCAGCACAGCAGCAGCAGCACAGCAGCAGCAGCAGCAUCGCCUCAAGCAGCAGCAGCAGCAGCACCUCAAGCAGCAGCAGCGGCAGCACUUCACGCACCAUCACCACCCCACAAUCACCGCAACCACCACAACUACCACAACCAAUAUAACCAGCAGCAGCAGCAGCAGCAGCAGCAGCAGCAGCAGCGGCAGCAGCAGCAGCAGCAGCGGCAGCAGCAGCAGCAGCAGCGGCAGCAGCAGCAGCAGCAGCAGCAGCAGCCGCCCCGCCACAACGCGGAAUCCCCCGCCGCCCCCACAACCACCGCCAAAACCGCCGCAGCGCGCAGCACAAGCACGCGCACAAGCAGCAGCAGCAGCAGCAGCAGCAGCAGCAGCAGCAGCAGCAGCAGCAGCAGCAGCAGACGAGUUUGUUUUUCUUGCGCAUGGCGCUGA